CUUUUUUCUCGAGGGCGGAUCAUAGUUUAGAACCGCCCGAGACCUUCGGAUCUUUUUCUCUCUGUCUCCGAUGGCUCUGAUGCGAACCAGGAGCCAGUUGAACGUAUCUUCUUUGACUCCACCACCACCACCUCCGUCUCCGAUCCCUAGAGCCAGGGGUUCACGUUGCGCUGCCAGCGAGAUUCUCACCGAGAUCAUUGAGAGAUCCGUUCAGGUUCCUGAGCUCACGCUUCCUGAAUCUCAUUCUGGAGGUGAAUCUUCUGGGUCACGUCAUCUGAUCCCCGCGGAGAUUGAUUUUAGGUUAUUAGCGUCGAGAAGAGAAGGCUCGGUCGAUCGGUUGGUGCGAUCCGCGAGAGAGUUUGGAGCGUUUCGUGUGAGCUACCAUGGGAUAUCGGGGGAGGAGCUGAGGUCUCUUGUGAGGGAGUCUGGUCGGGUAUUCGGUGUUUUAGAGGGAAGAGACACCGGGUUUCGUCGGAGUGUUGUCGGAAACAGGGACGAGAUCGAGUGGGUACGGUCGUGGAAAGAGCGUAUGGAAUGGGCUCGCGAAUAUAUCGGACCUGAAAGGUACCGCUGCUUCAGCCAAGAAAUGGAGAAUGUAGCUGAUAAACUUGAAGGGAUAGCGAGGAAACUAGGGCAGAUAAUGGUAGAGAACUCAAGAAGACAAAGUGAUAAGAGGAUACAAAGAGGAGAAUCUGUGCUCAGCGUUUACAGAUACAAUCAUGAAAACGUAACUGAGCAAAGCCCUCCUUUGCCCAAAGAGAAGACCGAAGAUAUGCUCCAUUACACACUUAGCCUCCACCUUCCAGCUAAGAACUGCGAGUUCCGUGUCAACUCAGGGAAAGGCCCGCUUUCUUUUCAUGCUGAUCCUGACACUAUCCUUGUCACUUUUGGUCGCCAGCUUGAGGAGUGGAGUUUAGGAGAAUUCAAAUGUCGUCAAGGAGAAAUCAUUUAUCAUCCAGAUGCGUAUGGUUCGCGCACUUCCUUCUCGGUAGAGCUCAAGUGCAUGUCUCUUUUCUUGUCACAAGCUUCUAUUGCAACGUCUAAAACUUUCUCUUUAACCCAUCAGAUUUUCACUGCGUUACUCCUACUUUUUAUCUUCCAAUCCUUUUGGAUUUUUGGGUCACAUAUAUGACCACUUAGAAUAUAUAUUCACUUAUAUAUGUGUAUAUUUUGUUUGUGUGUGGGAGAGACAUAUGCGGGCAUUUGAAUCCAACGGGUAAAUUAAGUGUGUUUAUCUAUUA